AUGGUUCUCUACAAAGUUCCGUUCCUCACGCAAGCGUUAAAUCUGAAACAUUCUGUUGCACAAAGGAUGAAGCAAUUUUAUGACAGAGCUCUUCGCUUUGAUAUGGGAACACCUUCUAGGACACUACAUCAAUUUAAUUCGAACACUCAUCUUUCAAAUUGGACGCUCAUCACCGACACAAUAUUUGGAGGAAAAUCCGAUUGUGAAUUGGUCAAGACAAACAAUGAUAGUUGUAUAUUUCAAGGACAAUUAUAUACCCUUACAAAUGGAAAGAAAGUAUUGCCAUCGUUUGCAAGAAUGUGGUUUGUGUAUCCUGCACUUCAUUUAGAUUUAUCAGACUAUGAGGACGGAGGUAUUAAAAUUAAAUAUCGAACAGAGAGACCUGAUGAUUUCCAGCUACAGUUUGAAUUCAAUCAUUUCGUGGACGAUAUUUUCUUUUAUGCUCCUCUCGUUCCAUCAAUUCUUCGAGAACAUACCACAUAUUAUCACAGUGCAGUAGGAUACAAGAUGCAAGCUACAAAAUUUUAUACUGAAAUCGAUCCAGAAAGUGGUGAGGAGUGGUUGGUUUCUGAAAUUCCAUUCACAAGUUUUUGUGUAAAUAAUAUGGGUGAAGAGACGUCCAUUAGCGCCAUUAGAAGAGCUAAAUUAGGUACAACAGCACCUAUUUACGAUAUUUUGACACUUGGUGUUGGAAUUAGCUCGAUGAAUGAGGGACCAUUUAGUUUGGAGCUGAAAUCCAUUGAGGUUUAUCCUGGCAAUGAAACGAUCAAAGAAUUUUGA